CCGAACCGACCUACCAGCCCUGAUAAAAGGCUCCUCCCACGGCGCGGACGGCAUCGCGAGCCACAAGCACGCGUCGUAUCGUAUAAUUCCUCAUCGCGAGCCGCGGCCGCGGCCGCCGAGGCACGUCUCGCGUCGUUGCGCCGCCGUUGACGACAAGGAGGGGCCGGCGGACGGGAGAGAAGAAGGAGAAGAAGAAGAAUAGAAGAUGAUAGAGGUGGUGCUGAACGACCGGCUGGGGAAGAAGGUGCGCGUCAAGUGCAACGAGGACGACACGAUCGGCGACCUGAAGCGGCUGGUGGCGGCGCAGACGGGGACGCGCGCCGACAAGAUCCGCAUCCAGAAGUGGUACACCAUCUACAAGGACCACAUCACCCUCGCCGACUACGAGAUCCAUGACGGCAUGGGCCUCGAGCUCUACUACAACUAGUAUCAGUAUGGCAGCCAGGAAUCUCCUCAAUCCGGCCCGGUCCGAUGGCUGCCUGUAGGAUCACCGGAUUAAUGUUCUCGGAAGCUUUUUUUUGUGUACAUACGCGUGUUUUGUGAUUUCAGAGCAAAAUUCUUUGGAACCGAACCAAACGUUGGUUAGAUUCGGAAUAAUUUGUUGGUCUUUAUAAGACCGAAGUUCGAUUGACAUGUUAAUACGGUUGUGAACUCUAUCUUAUGUAAAAAAAGGUAUUGG